AGUAUUAUUUGGUGUUGCCACACCAGCCGCAUACGGUCACACUGAAGAUGCAAUAAUAAAUCCACGAGACAAAUUUGUUAACAAAUUAUAGUAAAUAUCGGCAGUUAUUUACGAUUAGAAGCCACAAUGGACAGCAGCAAUGACUUGUCGGACGAGCUAAUACGCCGCCUCAGUGCUAACGAUGCCCUGGAGAGAGUGAUUGCCAGUGAAAUGUUCGAGGAUAGCAUCGAUGUGGAGACAGAGGCGGAGCCGGACGACAUAAUCAUCUUACACAUGGACAUCCGGGAACCGCUCAGCGCGCUCAAAUCACUUGUUGAGCAAAAAAUAGGGGUGUGCCUGAAUUACUAUACCUUUUGGCUGCAGGAUGCACAAGAGCUGGAAUCCCACAAGAAUCUCGUGGAUCAGUGCGUUAAGGGAGAAGGCCUGGUGCAGAUCAACGUGCAGAUACAAACUAUUCGCAAACGCAUCAACAUCGCCGAUGUCCUGAAGCCCACGGAGGCAGCUCUGGCUGCCAUGGCCGAGGAGGUGGCGGGUCAGCUCUCGCCCCCGGAAACGGCCAGCCAGAAGAGUUCCUCCAGCGAAAGUCCCAUCAAAACUCCAAUCAAACGCAAGCACAAAGAAGACUCUGAAGAAGAAUCCGUUGAGUCCAAGGAUGUUAAGCCAGUCUUGAACUGGGUUCUGGACAGCAAGUUUAAGCGCGAACAGAUACGCCUGAAGAUACCCGAGGCGGCCAUCGAAUGGACACAGUCUCACGUGACCCACUGGCUGGAGUGGGCCGUCAAACAGUUCGAGCUAAGUGGCAUCAACAUGAGCGACUGGCAGAUGAAUGGUCAGGAACUCUGCGCAAUGACGCACGAGGAGUUCAAUCAAAAGUUGCCCCGUGAUCCAGGCAACAUCUUCUGGACCCACCUCCAGCUGCUAAAAGAGUGCAAUUUCGUAUCGGUGGUGCACAAACAGGCGGAGGAGCAGAGGAAGCCCAAGCAACCGAGAAUCAUGUCGGCAACUGCCAUAUCGACUACCUCAGGGGGCACCCUUUCCCUCGAACAGCGGAUUAUGCGCAAAUCUUACCAAGCCGUCAAGAGUUCCGAUUCCGCUGAAAAUACUCCGACAUCUAUGAGUCCCACAAAUUACACUACCAUCGGUUCCGGCAAUAAUGGACAAGUGCAACUGUGGCAGUUCCUACUGGAAAUACUCACCGACUGCGAGCACACGAACAUCAUUGAAUGGGUGGGCACCGAGGGAGAGUUCAAGCUUACUGAUCCGGAUCGGGUGGCACGCCUUUGGGGCGAGAAGAAAAACAAACCCGCCAUGAACUAUGAAAAGCUGUCAAGGGCUCUCCGCUACUAUUACGAUGGGGAUAUGAUCUCCAAGGUGUCCGGCAAACGAUUCGCAUACAAAUUUGACUGCGAUUUGAAGUUAUUGAUCGGCUACGAUGCAAAAGAGCUGUCCCGGCUGGUCAACGAGCGCAAGGUAGUGCCCGAGCGCGUAGUCCCAACGGAAACCAUGAAAGAAGACACGUGACAUGGCGAGCUCAAGCUCAAGGAAGAACCCGACAUACUCUGGAAGUACGAGGAGCCUUAGCGUUGGCUGACUUGGUCGGAUGACGGCGCCUGGUUAAUAUUACAAAUUGUUACAUAUUUUACAAUCUUAAGGCACACGAUUUUAUUAUCCAUUUCGUAUUCGCUAGGGUUUAUAAUCUCUGUCUACAUAAGGUAUAGCUAUAAGAAUCGCUUUUAUACUCUUUAUCAUCUUAGUUAUUAUUUGAAUAGUAUUUCUAUAGUGUGUAUAUUGAAUAUUGUUCGUUACAUGAUUGUUGCGAUUUUUGUAAAAUCCAUAAAACUAAAUUCAUUUCCACGCG